UGCAGUCGGUGCUACCUGAUUAUACCCUUUGACUCCGUGUCCCUGCAUAAAUCUAUUUUCUGCAACCAAGAACCUCUCUUGAAAAGGCGCCAUCUCCCUUCCUGGUUUUCGAGAAACCCAACUCAAUAUCCAUCCCACGAGACAUCUUUCCACCCCGUCACAAUGUCUUUUGCCGUUCAACUCGUCCGCCCUACUAUCCGGCACUUUUCCGUUCACCGUCCUCGUCCGGACUCUCGCACUGCCCGCUUCGUCACCAGUUCCUGCCUUAUUUCUGCUGUGGUGCUGCCGUUUGUUCCCCCGGCUCUCGAGAGCUCUCGUGAAAAGAGCAAUGGAUAUCCCAACCACAACAAACCACACCCCCCGCUGUGCUUCCAUGCCCGCUAGUCAGUAUAUCCGAUCGGAUAUACCUGAGCGGGGUCGGUUCCGAACAACAACCCCUGGCGAUAAGGAGCCGUCUUUUUGAACUUUCCCAUUUUUUGGCUUCCUCUUUUAUUUUCCUGGUGAAUUAUUUGCGAUCAGGUGCUGUUAGGCGUACUGGUGCUGGGCGAUACAUAUCUACUUACGCGACAU